AUGGAUUCGCAACGCAGCAGCGUGAGGGUCGGCGUUAGAACGGGCGACAACGAGCGAUUAAGGUGCUCCAGCGAGCCUGCGACUCCGGACGGCGCGCGGCAACGAGAAGCGGUGCAGGCAGCGAGUCAGUCGGAGGGUGAACAGGCCGUGGGAGGCGCGGAGGCAGCGGCAGUCGUCAAGGGGUAUGCGACAACACCGCGCGGCCAGGUUCACUACCGCAGGUGCGGGUCGGGCCAUCCGGUGGUGCUGUUGCACGACGCUGGACGUUCGUCUGCCAUGUGGGCGCCUGUGCUGCCGCUGCUGGCGGCGCGCGGGUGUUGCGCGCUGGCCGUGGAUCUGCCGGGGUGCGGCGAGACGACGGCGGCUUGUCGCGACUACAGCAUGCUGGAGAUGGGCGCCAUCGCCGUCGCCGCCGCCAUCAACGUCGGCUUCACUCAACGCUUCGACCUUGUGGGCCAUGGAUUCGGAGCGAGCUUGGCGCUGCAGAUGGCGGCCGUGUUCCCCGCGAGGGUGAGGCGGGUGGGGCUGUGGGGCGUCAUGCCGCAGGACGAGCGCUCCAAGCACCUCGCUGCUGCCGUGCAGGCAAUAAGCGCGGGGGGUGGGGAUGGCGAUGGUGCAGUGGCUGCUGCUCCUCAGAGCGUGGUGGCGGUGGCAGUUCAAGAGGUGAUGGAGUGCCUUCAGUCACUGCCCACGCGCCACUUGCUCGCCAAGGCGCAUGCAGCAGUGGACCACGGGGAUCUGCUGGACAAGGUGCAACAGCCCGUGCUGUGCCUGGCGGGCUGUGACGACCCAUUCCAGUCAGUCGCCUCCCCUUCUUCGCCUCGCUCCGCUCACUUCAUCCCUCGUUCAGCUAUGGCUGCCGCCACCUUGUCCUCUGCCCUGCGACUGACCGGUGCCGCGUGUGCCGCGCGUAUCUCGCGCUCCUCCGCCCUCCACACAGCCGCUGCCUCCUUCAAGCAGGGUACCCCAGCCGUCGGAUUCUCCGGCGCUCGCCUCCGUGACGUCCGACGCUCUGCGACGCCUGCUCACGGUCAGACGACUCGGCGACACAUGGCGACCGUUGCGACGAUCAAGGUCGGCGACAAGCUGCCCGACGGCAGCCUCUCCUACUUCGACGCUGAGGGCGCGCUUCAGACCAUCACUAUCGAGUCACUCACCAAGGGCAAGAAGGUGGUGCUGUUCGCGGUGCCGGGCGCGUUCACGCCGACGUGUUCGCAGAAGCACCUGCCGGGGUUCAUCGCCAAGGCGGACGAGCUGCGCGCCAAGGGCGUCGACACCAUCGCCUGCGUCUCCGUCAACGACCCCUUCGUCAUGCGCGCCUGGGGCGAAUCCGUCAACGCCGCCGGCAAGGUGCUGCUGCUCGCGGACGGCAGCGGCGUGUACACGGCGGCGCUGGGCGCGAGCCUGGAUCUGGCGGACAAGGGGCUGGGCGUGCGGUCGCGGCGGUACGCGCUCCUGGCGGACGACGGCGCCGUGACCGUGCUCAACCUGGAGGAGGGCGGCGCGUUCACCAACAGCAGCGCCGAAGACAUUCUCAAGGCGCUGUGA